UAUAUUCAUUGCCUUAUUCUAGUACGAGUGGCCACAUUCAUAGUCAACUUUUUCUUUAGAGAAAAUUUAUUGAAAAUAUGGUUGUAUGAAUUGGAGAAUCCAAACCCUUUUUUGAGUUGGCUACCUCCUCCAUUUUUGAAUCGACAAACUCCUGUUUGCUUCUUAAUUUUCCAUGAUUUGAGAGAUUUUGAUUUACUUUUCAACACUUUUGAGGAGAUUAAAUAGGAAAUUGCACUAAAUAUGGUUAAAAACCUAUAAUCUUUAACACUACAAUUAAAAGACAGAAGAGCCAAAAAAGAAAAACAAGGGUCCGCGCAGCAAACGGAGGCGCCAAAUUUCGAGGGUGGGUUCUUUAGUGGAAAGAGCAAUCAAUAAACAGUUGGUGUGGCGUCUCGACGUUGUGGGGGAAUUCUCUCUUCUUCUUAAAAUUUUCCUUGAAUUCUCUAGUUUAAAAGGGGAAAAAAACCAAUACCCAUUUUUUGUUUUUUGCUUUCUAUUCAUUGAUUCAUUUGGUUAUGGUCAGUUUCACGUUUUAAACACCAAAAAGAGAAGAACCCAGAUUCAGAUUUUGCUGUAUUUUGUUAGGGGAUUAUAAUGGCUGCUAGUAUAGCUUAUGUAGGUGGUCAUUUGCAAUAUGGGGUGAACUUUUGCAUGGGGCAAAGUUAUAAACAAGCUAUUUGGGCCCCUAGUGUGACAUUCAAUGGAUGCCUACAAAGAGAACUCUCAUGAUUUUUCCAGGUCAUGUGGUGUAUCCAAGUUUCUGCAGAUCCGUAAGUGUAAUUUGUUUCAAUCUCGAACGAAUGAGAAUUGGAAGUCCUUUGGGACAGUCAUCACUUCUGCUUACUUAAGAGAUGGUUCAACAAAGUAUUUCGAUUUUGCUGUCAUUGGUAGCGGUGUUGCAGGUCUUCGUUACGCUCUUGAAGUUGCGAAACAUGGAUCUGUUGCGAUUAUCACUAAGGCUGAGCCUCAUGAGAGUAAUACGAACUAUGCACAAGGUGGUGUUAGUGCAGUCCUGUGUCCAUCUGAUUCUGUAGAGAGUCACAUGCAGGAUACAAUUGUAGCAGGAGCUUAUCUUUGCGAUGAGGAGACUGUCAAAGUUGUCUGUACUGAAGGACCUGAUAGAAUCCGAGAAUUGAUUGCAAUGGGUGCUUCGUUUGACCAUGGUGAUGAUGGAAAUUUGCAUCUGGCAAGGGAAGGGGGUCAUUCUCAUCACCGAAUUGUUCAUGCUGCCGAUAUGACUGGACGAGAGAUUGAACGGGCUUUACUCGAGGCAGUUGUCAAUGAUCCUAAUAUUUCUGUGUUCAAACACCAUUUCGCAAUCGAUUUGCUUACUUCCCAGGAUGGUUCCGACACGGUUUGUCAUGGCAUUGAUGCUUUAAAUACUGAAACGCAAGAGGUUGUCCGCUUCAUUUCAAAGGUAACUUUACUCGCAUCCGGUGGUGCAGGACAUAUCUAUCCUUCAACAACAAAUCCUCUGGUGGCGACCGGGGACGGGAUGGCUAUGGCACAUCGAGCUCAAGCUGUGAUUUCCAACAUGGAGUUCGUGCAAUUUCAUCCAACAGCCUUGGCUGAUGAAGGUCUUCCUAUCAAGCCAAAGAAAACUCGAGAAAACUCAUUUCUUAUUACCGAAGCUGUAAGAGGUGAUGGAGGCAUCCUUUACAAUUUAAGCAUGGAACGGUUUAUGCCUUUGUACGAUGAGAGAGCUGAGCUUGCUCCUAGAGAUGUCGUGGCAAGAAGUAUUGAUGAUCAACUCAAAAAGCGUAAUGAGAAGUAUGUGUUGCUUGAUAUAAGUCAUAAACCGAGAGAAAAGAUCCUCUCCCACUUCCCGAACAUAGCUAAUGAAUGCCUCCAACAUGGCCUUGAUAUAACUCAGCAGCCAAUUCCCGUGGUUCCUGCUGCUCAUUACAUGUGUGGUGGCGUGCGUGCUGGGCUCCAAGGAGAGACGAACGUGCAUGGCUUGUAUGUAGCUGGUGAGGUUGCAUGCACAGGUUUGCAUGGAGCAAAUAGACUCGCUAGCAACUCAUUACUUGAGGCUUUGGUUUUCGCACGAAGAGCUGUCCAGCCCUCUAUCAAUCACAUGAAGAGUUCUAGUCUUGAUCUUAGCGCUUCGAGCUUAUGGACCUGUCCACUUGUCCCAAAAUCACUAGGGAGUGAUGUAAUGCACAAAAUAUUAAGGAUAACAAAGGAAGUGAGGAAAGAACUACAAUCGAUCAUGUGGAAGUACGUUGGGAUUGUUCGAUCAACUUCAAGACUACAAGAAGCCGAGCAAAAGAUUGGUAAGUUGGAAGCCAAAUGGGAAACAUACUUAUUUGAGCACGGGUGGCAGCAAACAAUGGUUGCCCUCGAGGCUUGUGAAAUGAGAAACCUCUUUUGUUGCGCAAAGCUAGUGGUGAGCAGUGCCCUUGCUAGGCACGAGAGUCGUGGACUUCACUACAUGACCGAUUUUCCUCAUUUGGAGGAAAGCAAGAGGCUACCCACAGUGAUAUUCCCGAGUUCCCAUACAACCGGCACAUGGAGUUCACGACAACUACACCAGCAGCCUAUAGUUAAUUCCAUGGUCUGAUUCUCUAUUCAUCUUCCAAAAAUCUUGUAUUUAUCACAUUAUAGUUUAUCAAUUAUUUCAUAACUUGCAUUGAAAAACCUUUGGCAAGGAAAUAGAUCUGCCUUUAUGGCAUAUUUAGGACAACUUCAAAGAAAAGCUAAGGUUGUCUUUGUUUUUCUUUCACCCAUCUUAACUGCCUACGAUUCAUUCCUAUGGAAAUAAAGAAAAGUGUUUCAUUCA